AUGAGUUUCUUCAGAAAGGUUAGACUUCUUCUAUGGAAAAACUGGAUACUCCGCAAACGGCAAAAACUUCGUCUGCUGGUUGAACUUCUAUGGCCGGUUUCUUUAUUUCUUGUCUUAGUAUGGCUGAGGAAAGUUACUCCAGUCUACCACAAACAUGAAUGUCACUUUCCAAAUAAAGCCAUGCCUUCUGCAGGAACUCUGCCGUGGUUACAGGGCAUCUUUUGUAACAUGAACAACCCAUGUUUCAAAAGCCCCACCCGUGGAGAAUCUCCAGGUGUCGUCUCCAACUAUAAUAAUUCCAUUUUAGCAAGAGUAUAUCAAGACAUUCAAGAGGUAUUGCUUGAAAUCAACGAAAGAGACUUGGGUAGAUUCUGGGAAGAACUACGAACCAUGACCCAGUUUAUGGAAACAAUGAGGACCAACCCUGAAAAGAUUACAGGAAGAGGAAUACGAAUCCAGGAUAUCUUAAAAGACAGAGAGAAUUUAACGAAGUUUCUGCUUGAAGAUGCAGGCCUUCCUGAUACCGUGGUCUACCACCUAAUUAAUGCCGUAGUGCGACCUGAACAAUUUGCCUUUGGUGUCCCAGACUUGACUUUGAAAGAUAUAGCUUGCAGCCAGACCUUGCUGAAUCGCUUUAUUAUCUUCCGGAGUCCAAGUAGCUUUCAGGCUGUGCAUAGUGCAAUGUGUGCCCUUUCCCAGGAGAACUUGCAAAAAAUUGAAGACUCUUUAUAUGCAAAUGUGGACUUCUUUAAGCUUUUCCAUUUGCUUCCCACUGUUUGGGACAAUAAUGCACAAGGUGCUGACCUAGCGCUCUGGAGACGAAUAUUUUCUAAUAUAUCUCAAGCAGUACAAAAGUUAAUUCACAGGCCAAGCACUCGGGUGCUUUUGUCAACACUCCAGCCACUUCUUCAAGAGGAAGAGCCAGCAUCUUUACCACAGUUGCUGAGUAUUUUAUCCAACCUGUUCUGUGGUUACCCAGAGGGUGGUGGAUCCAGAAUACUAUCUUUAAACUGGUAUGAAGAUAAUAAUUACAAGGCCUUCCUUGGAAUUGAUGCUAAAGAAAAGGAAUCCGUUUAUUUUUAUGACAACUCAACCACACUCUUUUGUAAUCAGCUGAUACAAACCAUGGAAUCAAACACUUUAACCAAAGUAAUUUGGAUAACUAUGAAACCAUUGCUGAUGGGGAAAAUCCUCUUUGCUCCUGAUUCACCUGCGGUACAGAAGAUACUGAAGAAUGCAAAUUCCACAUUUGAACAACUUGAGCGCUUGACAUUCUUGACUAAAGCAUGGAAAGAAAUGGGACCUCAACUGUGGAAUUUUUUCAAUGACGGUGUACAGAUGAACAUGAUCCGAGACACUUUGCAAAAUCCUACUGUGAAAAGUUUCUUAAAUGAACAAUUUGGUGAUGAAGGUCUAACUGUGGAAGAUGCUAUCAAUUUUCUCUAUAACGGACCCCCAGAGAAAAGAAAGGAUGGUAUGAGGAACUUUGAUUGGAGGAAUAUUUUCAGUAUGGCCAAUCAGACUUUUCAUAUGGCUUACCAAUACCUGGAGUGCUUGACCCUUGAUAAGUUUGAAGGCCUAGCUGAUGAAACUGAGUUGAUUCUUCGUGCUCGCUCUCUUCUGGAGGAAAACAAAUUCUGGGCUGCUGUUGUCUUUCUUGAUGUGGAUGCAAGGGCCGCUCAACUGCCACCUCACGUGAAAUACAAGAUACGCAUGGAUAUUGAUGCUGUGGAAAAAACAAACAAAAUCCAAGAUAGGUACUGGGAUCCUGGCCCAAGAGCUGACCCAGUGGAUGAUCUGCACUACAUCUGGGGAGGGUUUGCUUAUCUGCAAGAUAUGAUUGAGCAAGGGAUCAUCAAAACCCAGACCCAUGUUGAUGUGCCUUCAGGGAUAUACCUGCAACAAAUGCCCUAUCCCUGCUUUGUAGAUGAUGUCUUCACGAUUACUUUGACUCGUGCCUUUCCCCUCUUAAUGGUGCUGGCUUGGAUCUACUCCGCUUCCAUGACGGUGAAAAGCAUCGUGUUGGAGAAAGAAAUGAGGCUGAAGGAGGCCCUGAAGAACAGAGGAGUCACCAACGGGGUGAUUUGGUUCACGUGGUUUUUGGACAGUUUCCUCAUGAUGACCGUGAGCACGUUUCUCCUGACGGCGCUCAUUACGUAUGGAAAAGUGCUUCGGUACUGCAACCCCCACGUUCUCUUUCUGUUCCUGUUAACCUUCGCAACAGCCAGCAUCAUGCAGUGUUUUUUGCUCAGCACCUUUUUCUCCAAGGCUAAUCUGGCAGCUGCCUGCAGUGGAGUCAUCUAUUUUACUCUCUACCUGCCCCAUAUCCUCUGCUUCGUUUGGCAGGAUUGGCUGCCUCUUAAGAUCAAGAUCAUGGUGAGUUUCCUUUCACCUGUGGCUUUUGGGUUUGGUACAGAAUACUUGUCACGCUAUGAAGAACAAGGACUUGGAUUACAGUGGAAUAAUAUCCAAAGUAGCCCACUGGAAGGAGAUAAAUACAGUUUCUUGUUGUCUAUGGAGAUAAUGGUUUUUGACGGUUUUGUCUAUGGAUUGCUUGCUUGGUACUUGGAUAAUGUCUUCCCAGGAGACUAUGGAAUUCCUCGGUCUUGGAAUUUCCCUUUGCAGCGAUCUUAUUGGUUUGGGUUAGGACACCCAAAGACUGAGAAAACAACAACUGCCUAUGAUCCAGAGAAAGAAGGUGUCACUGACAUAAAGGCUGAAGAUGAAGAGGUGAGAAAAAGCAUGGCUGCUGAGCCUGUCCUGGGAGACAACAAGACUGACAGCCUGAGGCAGGAGGAUGGUAAAGAAAAGAAAUGUAAACACAAAGGGAAAAAAGACUGCGAGGAGCAGGGGAAACCCGAGACCACAGAGGCAAAAGACAAAGAUCACAUUCCUAGUUUGAGGUCUAUCAUUACAGGUCUUUUCCCACCCACAUCUGGAACCAUAUUGAUUGAUGGAAUGGACAACCAAACACACAUGGAUUCCAUCCAGCAGAGUUUAGGCAUGUGCCCCCAAAACAACAUAUUAUUCAAGCACCUUACUGUUGCAGAACACAUCCAAUUCUAUGCCCAGUUGAAAGGAAGAAGCAAAGCAGAAACAAAACUGGAAAUGGAAAAGAUCCUGGAAGACAUUGGCCUACCACAUAAAAGGAAUGAAGUGGCUCAAAACCUGUCAGGUGGCAUGCAACGGAAACUAUCCAUCGCCAUUUCUUUUGUGGGUGAAGCAAAAGUAGUAGUUCUAGAUGAGCCUACAUCUGGAGUGGAUCCAUACUCCAGACGCUCUAUUUGGGAUCUCCUUCUGAAAUACCGCUCAGGAAGAACUAUCAUACUGUCUACCCAUCACAUGGACGAGGCAGAUAUCCUUGGAGAUCGCAUUGCCAUUGUUUCCCGAGGAAAGUUGCACUGCUCCGGAUCACCUGUUUUCUUAAAGAACUCCUUUGGAUCAGGCUUUUAUCUCACCUUGGUUCGCAAGAUGAAAAGUGUUGAAAAUGGUCAAAAGGAUUGUUCAUGUUCCUGCUCCAGCUGCUGUGCCUCGGUGGACAAAGGGGAUACUGUUGAAGAGGAACUAGAAGGUAAUGUGAAUGAACUAAAUGAAAUUGUCCACCAUCAUGUUCCAGAAGCACAGUUAAUUGAAAACAUUGGUCAGGAACUUGUCUAUCUUCUGCCUAAUAAGAAUUUUAAAGAACGAGCCUAUUCCAGUCUUUUCAGAGAAUUAGAAGAAACCUUGGCUGACGUGGGACUCAGCAGUUUUGGGAUCUCAGAUACACCACUUGAAGAGGUUUUCUUGAAGGUUACAGCUGAAGCUGACCUUGAAAUACCCAAUACAGGAGCUGUCCAGGAGAAUGCUUCUGCUGAGGCCAAAGAGGGAGACCCCCAAAGAGCUUCAGCAAACAACUGUACUUCUCUGGAAGGAGAUAAGAGUGAUGGCAAAGGAUCUUGGCAAAAUAAAGGUGGACAACUUAUUCUUCAGCAGAUUAAAGCUCUUCUCAUCAAACGUUUCCAUCAUACCACCCGUAGUAUUAAAGACUUCUUGGCUCAGAUUGUUCUACCUGCUAGUUUUGUGUUGCUGGCUCUGAUACUUACAGACAUCAUCCCUCCAUUUGGUGAAUAUCCCAGUCUAACCCUCCAUCCUUGGAUCUAUGGACAUCAAUUUACUUUCUUCAGCAAUGAACAGCCUGACAGUGAACAUAUGGUUUCUCUUCGUGAUGCCUUUUUAAAGAAACCAGGAUUUGGAAAUCGUUGCUUGAAGAGAGAACCCCUUUAUAACUACUCUUGCAUUGCUACAUCAAUGGCCUGGAGGACACCAACUAUCCCUUAUCGCGUGUCUGCCCUUUUUCGGACUAACACAUGGAGUCCUGACAACCCCUCACCUGCUUGUGAAUGCAGCACUAGGAAGAAACUCACUAUGCUACCAGAGUGUCCACUGGGAGCGGGAGGUCUUCCUCCACCACAGAGGGUUCAGCAUAGUACAGAAAUUCUUCAGGAUCUCACUUACCGAAAUAUUUCUGAUUUCUUGGUGAAAACAUACCCCACCCUAAUAAGAAGCAGAUUAAAAAGUAAAUAUUGGGUCCAUGAGCAAAGAUAUGGAGGAAUUUCAAUUGGAGGCAAACUUCCAAUACUGCAUAUUACUGGAGAUCAAAUUGUUGAUUUUAUGAAGGACGUUGGUCGAAUGAUGAAUAUAACAGGGGGUGAAAAAACAAGGAUUGCUGCUAAAGAAAUGUCAGCUUUUCUUAAAUAUAUGGAAACUGAACACAAUAUUAAGGUGUGGUUUAACAAUAAAGGCUGGCAUGCUAUGGUCAGUUUUCUCAAUGUAGCCAACAAUGCCAUUCUGAGAGCCAACCUGCAACAAAAUAAGGAUCCAGAAGAAUAUGGAAUAACUGCUAUUAACCAUCCACUGAACCUCACUAAGGGUCAGUUGUCUGAAAUCACUGUGCUGACCACCUCAAUAGAUGCUGUUGUUUCCAUCUGUGUGAUAUUUGCCAUGUCUUUCAUCCCAGCAAGCUUUGUCUUAUAUCUGAUCCAAGAACAAGUGUCAAAAGCCAAGCAUCUCCAGUUCGUCAGUGGUGUGAGCCUUUUUGUUUACUGGUUCACCAACUUCCUUUGGGACAUAGUGAAUUAUAUAAUGAGUGCUGGCUUAGUGGUGGCAAUAUUCAUGAGUUUCAAAAAGAAAGCAUACACAUCACCAACCAAUCUUCCUGUGCUUAUAAUAUUGCUAUUGUUAUAUGGAUGGGCCAUAAUUCCUAUGAUGUACCCUGCAUCCCGCUAUUUUAGCAUCCCCAGCACUGCCUAUGUUGUCUUGUCUUGCGUUAAUCUCUUCAUUGGUAUUAAUACUAGUGCCAUCACAUUUAUUCUGGACCUCUUUGAAAAUAAUGCGCCUCUCCUAGAAUUCAACAAAACAUUAAAAAAAAUAUUUUUGAUCUUUCCUCAUUUCUGCUUGGGUCGUGGACUCCUUGACUUAGCCAUAAACCAAGCUGUGAUUGAUGUGUAUACACGUUUUGGAGAAGAACGUGUCUCGAAUCCAUUGCGCUGGGAUUUUGCUGGAAAACACAUGCUAGCCCUGGCAGUGCAGGGUGUGGUCUAUUUCAUUCUGAAUCUUCUUUUACAACACAGUUUCUUGUCUACAAGAUGGUUUCUCCAAAAUAAUCUGGGGCCUAUUAUGGAAGAAGAUGAGGAUGUUGCAGAAGAAAGGAAGCGAAUAAUGAAAGGAGGUAGCCAAAACUAUAUUUUGAAAUUGCAGGAAUUGGCUAAGAUAUAUGCAGGAAGACGUAUACCAGCAGUAGACAGACUCUGUCUUGGUGUUCGUCCAGGAGAGUGCUUUGGUCUCUUGGGUGUGAAUGGUGCCGGUAAGACAACCACGUUCAAAAUGCUGACUGGGGAUAUUAAAGUAACAUCAGGAGAUGCUGUUGUCGUUGGUCAUAGCAUAUUGACCCAAAUCUGGGAUGUUCACCAAAACAUGGGCUAUUGCCCACAAUUCGAUGCUAUUGAUGAACUACUGACAGGAAGAGAACAUUUGUUUCUCUAUGCCCGUCUGCGCGGUGUUCCAGAAGCUGAAGUUGAGAGGGUGGCAGAGUGGGGAAUUCAGAAACUUGAUCUGUCGCAAGAUGCGGAUCAGUUGGCAGGAACAUACAGCGGUGGCACCAAGCGGAAACUUUCCACUGCUAUUGCACUGAUAGGUUGCCCUCCCUUAGUCCUGCUAGAUGAACCAACUACAGGAAUGGACCCUAAGUCCAGACGCUUCUUAUGGAACUCCAUUUUCAGCGUGAUCAGAGAUGGAAGAGCUGUGGUUCUUACUUCUCACAGCAUGGAAGAAUGUGAGGCGCUCUGUACUCGCAUAGCUAUCAUGGCUAAAGGCACCUUCAAAUGUCUGGGCACCAUCCAGGAUCUCAAAUACAAAUACGGAGAUGGAUACAUUGUUACCAUGAAAAUCAAGGCGCCUAAACUUGGAUUGCUUCCAGAUCUCAACCAAGUAGAACAAUUCAUGUGCCAGAACUUUCCAAGAGGGAUACAGAGAGAAAAACACUAUAACAUGCUGCAGUACCAAAUAUGUACCUACUCACUGGCCAAGAUAUUUAGGUUAAUUCUCUCCAACAAAGAGAGCCUAAAUAUUGAAGAAUACUCUAUCUCACAAACUACUCUAGAUCAGGUUUUUGUGAAUUUCGCUAAACAGCAGAUGGAGCAUGAGGAGAUUCCUCUACACCCUCGUGCAGCUGGAGCUAAUAGAGACAUGAAAGUGACUCCUGCUGUCUGUCGGCACCUAAGCAAAUAAAAGCUGUGUGGCAGCUACGCCAACAUUUCCAGUUGCUGAGGGCCAGCCCUUGACACCAAUCUUCCAAACCUUAAAGAAAAUGGAAUAACAUUGCAAAUUCUUAGUAAGAGUCAGAAUGGGGGGCAGUGAGUUCGAAUCUGACAGAGAUAUUGCUUAGGGGUGAAAAUAGCCCACACUGCCUGCUAUGUAAUGGCCAAAUGUUAGGGACGAAUGGGAAAGUUCUAAUUUUUCAGUAUCUUGGCUUGUGGUAUUCUGACCAUUUUUAUUCAGGACAAACAUUAUGCAAGACCCACUUUGAACAGUUCAAAUCUUUAAAACAGCAGCUGCUGAGCUGUGGUGGCAUAGUGGUUAGAA